UUAUUCUCCAAAUUCGAAGUGCGUGUGCUCAUGUGAAUAACUAACUCUCCCCCUCCACUCUUUAAAAGGCACCCAGCACUCCAGUCUCUAGCUAGUUCUAGCUAGUGUCCAGUCACCUCCUCCUACGUAAGGCACAGGCUUCUCCGAGCACUAAGCAGAGCACGGCGAGCUAGCAGCAAUGGCUCGUGUCGUCGGCACGGCAGCUGUGUUGCUUCUCCUCCUGCAGCUGUCCUCGUCGUACGACGCCAUCGUGGCCCAAGCAGACCCUGCCGCGCUUGGCCGGAAGGUCGGCGUCGCCGAGGAGCCAGCGGCCGGGAAGAACGCGCCGGCUGGGCCCGGGAGGUACGCCGUCAUCUUCGACGCCGGCAGCACGGGGAGCCGGCUGCACGUCUUCAGGUUCGACAGGCGGAUGGACCUCGUCGGGAUCGGCGACGACAUCGAGCUCUUCGCCAAGGUGAAGCCCGGCCUGAGCUCGUAUGCCGGACGACCUCAAGAGGCUGCCAACUCCAUACUACCUCUUCUUGACAAGGCCAAAAGCGUCGUCCCUUCACGUCUUAUGAAAACAACCCCUCUUAAGCUAGGAGCAACUGCUGGACUGAGACUUAUUGGAGAAGAGAAGGCAGAGGAAAUUCUUGAAGCGGUUAGGGAUCUUGUUCACACAAAAAGCAAAUUUCAGUACAACCCCGACUGGAUCAACGUUCUAGAGGGAUCUCAAGAAGGACACUACUUAUGGGUUGCGCUGAACUAUCUGUUGGAUAGAUUGGGAGGAGACUACUCGCAGACGGUAGGUGUUAUUGAUUUGGGUGGUGGAUCAGUGCAAAUGGCCUAUGCUAUAUCUGCAUGUGCUGCUGCAAGUGACCCUGCUGUACCUUAUGGAGAAGAUCCCUAUGUUACAAAAGAGUAUCUUAAAGGAAAAGAUUACAAUGUCUAUGUUCACAGUUUCUUGCGCUUUGGUGCUUUCGCUGCACGUGCAGAGAUUUUGAAGGCAAAGAAUGGGCCAUUCAGUUCCUGCAUUCUGCGUGGAUUUAGUGGUACAUACACCUACAAUGGGGAGCAAUAUGAUGCAACUGCUUCACCAAACGGCGCAGAUUAUGACAAGUGCAGGAAAGAGAUAACCAAGGCACUGAACCUAAACGCGCCAUGCAAGACAAAGAACUGCACCUUCGAUGGUGUGUGGAAUGGAGGAGGCGGAGCAGGGCGAAAUAACCUCUACGUCGCUUCGAGCUUCCACUAUCUUGCCUCACAUGUUGGAUUCAUCGACAGCAAUGCCCCAAGUGCAAAGGCCGCUCCCGCCGCAUUCAGAACCGCUGCAAGGAAGGCUUGCCGAUUGGGUGUUAAGAAAGUAAAAGUUGUGUUCCCGAAGAUUGAAGACGCCAAUGUGCCAUACUUGUGCCUGGAUCUUACUUACCAGCACACACUUCUUGUUGAUGGCUUCGGCCUGCACCCAGCAAAGAAGAUCACAUUUGUAUCUAAGGUGAAGCAUGGCGAGUACUACAUUGAAGCAGCAUGGCCUCUGGGAACUGCUAUUGAAGCCCUGUCACCCAAAAAGCAGAUCGGAAAUAAUUAAAUGAUAUAGUUUCUGGUUGUUAAUAAGUGUAUAUCAGUACGUGGCACUUUAGUUGUGGUUUGUGAUUAUUGAUAUGUAUCACGCUAUGGGGUUAGCAUUCAUAUCCAAUAACUUCUUACUUUCAAAUAAUUUAUGCACAAUGGCUUGGCUAUAAUUUUU